GGCAGCAUUAGCGGCGGCUGCCGGCAGGAAGGGAGACGAGCGCCGGGGGCGGCAGCGGCAGCGGCAGCGCCAACAGGAGCUGCCGUGUUCCCGCAUCUGAUUGGCCCCGGCCGGGGAGCCGCCGCACCCGGGCAGCUCGCGGGGAGGCGGCCAGGAGCCUUGGGGACCCGCCGCGGAGGAGGAGGAGGAUGCAGGCGAAGAAGUCCCGCGGAUCCUCGACGGGCGGCGGCGGCGGCGGCGGCGGCGGGGCUGGCGAGCUGCAAGGGGACGAGGCGCAGCGCGCCAAGAAGCGGAAAAAGAAGGGGUCGCGCUUCUCCAGCAUCCAAAUCUUCCUGGUGUCCGAGUGCGUCCUGAUGCUGGCCCAGGGCACCGUGGGCGCCUACCUGGUGAGUGUCCUGACCACCUUGGAACGACGGUUCAACCUCCAGAGCGCUGACGUUGGUGUGAUCGCAAGUAGCUUUGAGAUUGGCAACUUGGCCCUCAUCCUUUUUGUGAGCUAUUUUGGUGCCCGGGGUCACCGACCACGUUUGAUAGGAUGUGGGGGAAUCAUUAUGGCUUUGGGAGCCCUUCUCUCGGCUCUUCCUGAAUUCCUCACCCAUCAGUACGAGUACCAAUCUGGGGAGAUCCGGUGGCGGGCUGAAGGGAGGGACGUCUGCGUUGUCAACGGAUCCAUGAGCGACGAGGGACCAGACCCAGAUCGCAUCUGCAGGAGCAGGACUGCUACAAACAUGAUGUAUUUGCUCCUCAUCGGAGCACAAGUCCUUCUGGGGAUCGGGGCGACUCCUGUGCAGCCUUUGGGGGUCUCCUACAUUGAUGACCACGUGAAGCGGAAGGACUCUUCCCUCUACAUAGGUAUCCUGUUUACAAUGCUGGUGUUCGGACCAGCCUGUGGAUUUAUCCUGGGAUCUUUCUGUACCAAAAUCUAUGUGGAUGCUGUCUUCAUUGACACAAGCAAGCUGGAUAUCACCCCUGAUGACCCUCGGUGGAUUGGCGCAUGGUGGGCUGGCUUCUUGCUCUGUGGUGCCUUACUUUUCUUCUCGUCUCUCCCGAUGUUUGGAUUCCCACAGUCCCUGACCCGCCGGCCGGAGCACAUGGCAGAGGUAGAGGAAGCCAUGCUGCCAGAAGGGGACUAUGAGAGGCCAAAGCCUAGCAAUGGGAUUCUCCCACCGCACUCCAUGGAAGCCAACGAUGAUCCAUCUUGCUUCCAGCAGCUGAGAGUGAUCCCAAAAGUAACUAAGCACUUGCUCUCCAACCCGGUGUUCACCUGCAUUGUUCUUGCGGCUUGCAUGGAGAUUGCGGUGGUGGCAGGUUUCGCAGCCUUUCUUGGCAAGUACCUAGAACAGCAGUUCAAUCUCACAACGUCGUCAGCCAACCAGUUACUGGGCAUGACAGCUAUUCCUUGCGCAUGUUUGGGCAUCUUCCUGGGCGGCCUCUUGGUGAAGAAGCUGAGCCUUUCUGCCCUGGGCGCCAUUCAGAUGGCCAUGUUGGUCAGCCUGGUGUCCACAGCUUGCUACGUUUCUUUCCUUUUCCUGGGCUGCGACACGGGGCCCGUGGCUGGCAUUACUGUUCCCUAUGGAAACAAGUCAACCAUCUCCAGCUUGGCCCCCUAUUCUGCCUGCAAUAGCAAUUGUAAAUGUCAAAUGGAUUCCUUCACUCCAGUCUGUGGAACAGAUGGGAUCACAUACUUAUCUGCCUGUUUUGCUGGUUGCACCAACAUGAAUCUCACUAGUUGCACAUGCCUCACCUUGGCCUCUGCCGAGGAUGCCACAGUCGUUCCUGGGAAGUGCCCCAGCCCUGGAUGCCAAGAAGCCUUCCUGACAUUCCUGUGUGUGAUGUGCGUCUGCAGCAUGAUUGGAGCCAUGGCUCAAACACCCUCCGUCAUCAUCCUCAUCAGAACUGUGAGCCCGGAGCUCAAGUCAUACGCUUUAGGAGUUCUCUUCCUUCUCCUCCGAUUGUUAGGCUUUAUCCCACCUCCCCUGAUCUUUGGAGCAGGAAUUGAUUCCACCUGCCUUUUCUGGAGCACCUUCUGUGGUGAACAAGGAGCAUGCGCCCUAUAUGACAAUGUUGUCUAUAGGUACCUGUAUGUGAGCAUCGCUAUUACCCUGAAGUCAUUUGCAUUCCUCCUGUACACCACUACCUGGCAGUGCCUGAGGAAAAACUAUAAGAAAUACAUCAAGAACCAUGAAGGUGGACUCAACACUAGUGAGUUCUUUGCCUCCACUUUGACCCUGGACAACCCAGGACGAGACCCCCUUGGCCAGAAUCCCUCCCAUAGGACAAAAUUUAUCUACAACCUUGAAGACCACGAGUGGUGUGAAAACAUGGAGUCUGUUUUAUAGUGAUUAGAAAGGUGGAUUGCUAACCCAAAGGUCCUUCUGAAAGAAAGAUAUAUAUGAAAUAUGUAAUAUAAUAUAAAAAAGAUGUUUUGGAAAGUACAAGCAAAACAGAGUCCACAGCUAUUUCAAAAUCUAUCAUGACGUUCCAGGAGCUUCUCAUGAGAAAGAGGACAUUUGUCCCUUUCUCAGAAGCAGAUGAAACAAGAAGAGGGGAGAAAGGGUAUUUAAAGACAAAUCUGGGGUGAGAAAUGGAGAUGCGAAGUGGAUCAUCAGUGUAUCAAAUGCCUUGGCUGGAGACAUAACAGAUGGGCAAAGCUGCCAGUGUUUGGGGACCUGGUAUUUCAUUGGAGAGCAGAGCAGAUGUCUGUCCUUGGGUGUAAAGGCAAACAAAUGAAAAACAAUUCCCAAUGUGGGGGAAGGAAUAGAAGCAAGCCACAGCUGUUUCCAAACAUAAGUGCUAUUUGAAACUUAAGCACUGUUGGAGUAACCUUUGCAAUACAAGCUCAAAAGAUGUCAACGAGGGUGCUAUGCUGUCCCAGCUUUCUCCUAAUGCUCUCCGUCUCUUUCUCACAUCAACGAGGAAGCCCUGUCAGAACUGCUUCACCUUUAUUGUCUCCAGCUGCAGACCAACAUUGACAGCUGUUGAAAUGGGCAAACCAGCAGAUGUGUCUGGUACAAGCCAUGAUGAUAUCUAGUUGACAUCACGUGCUGGAUAAGAGUUAGUUGCAUCAUUUGUGUGUGUCAUGGUUUGGAUGCCAUUGUGACUUGUACCCAACACUAAUGCAACCACAACAUUACAGCUCUUAAGGCACCA